AUGUCUUCCAUUCAGGAAAUCCAGUUCGCCCUUAGCCGUAUUAAUCGGGUCUUGGCCAGCAAAAGAAUACCAGGCUACAGAGACAUUCGACUAGGCCUCGAUCGUAUCAACCGUGUCGUACCAGAGAACCAAGACUGGAAGGGUAUCCAUGUUGCUGGCACCAAUGGCAAAGGCUCAAUAUGCACCUUUCUUGCUGGUAUGUUCAAGCUCGCUGGUCUCGGCUAUGGAAGCUUCACAUCGCCGGCCUUUCCAGAGAGGCACAAUGGAGUCACAGUAAAUGGUCUUUAUGUGAAUCCGCGAAUGUACGAUAUGGAAAUGAAGCAUGUUGAGGAAAAGUACAGUCGAAUUUCUGCUGGUUGGAGAUACAAACACGGAGAGGACCCUCCGAGUCUAACACCAUUCGAGGUCGAAACAGCAACAGCAUUCCGAAUAUUCAACAAAAUGCGUGUUCCAUAUGGUAUCGUCGAAGUCGGUAUGGGCGGUGCUACCGAUGCAACCAAUGCUAUGAAGCAAAAGUCUGUCACAAUCAUCUCCAAGAUCGGCCUCGACCACCAGGAGUACCUCGGAAACUCCAUCGAAAACAUUGCCAAGGUCAAAGCUGGCAUUAUGCAAAAGGGCGUUCCUUGUAUUGUUGACCACACUAACAAGCCUUCUGUCAUCCAUGUACUACGAAAACAUGCUCGAGAAGUAGGAACAGACAUCAUCCUCACAUGGAAGGGCGAACCUUUACUGCUAACUCUCGACAAUUCAAGAUGGAUGCUUGAGAGCUAUCAAGUUCAGAACCUGUUGUGUGCAGCCAUGGCUUUCCGUCAUCUCUUCCCCUUGCAGGAGAUCAACUUGGACAGACUCUUGGAAACCGAGCCUUUCUUGCCAGGUCGUUUGGAAACAGUUGAAGUCAACGCGCCACUUUCUGGUCUUGAGCCACGGGAAAUUCUGGUCGACGGUGCUCACAACAUGUUGGGAAUCACAGAAUUGCGCAACCAUGUCAACAAACGCCUACGAAGAGAUGACCAACCAGUGACUUGGGUUAUGGGUAUGUCCCAAAGCAAGCACAAGCCUUUCUUCAAGAUGAUGGAAAAGCUUGUCCAGCCCCAGGACAACUUUGCUAUGGUAGAAUUUACUCAAGGUCCCAACGAUCCUCAGCCUUUGCCUGCCUCGUUCGGUGCCGAAUACGCCAAGAUGAAAAAAAUCGAUCUUGGCAAUGUAUAUUCAGGAACGCCCGAUAUCGCGGGUGCUCUUCCAUGGGCUUGCAAGAAGAGCGAUGGUGGGCCUUUGGUGGUCACUGGAAGUCUUUACCUGAUUCGACAAUUAUUGAGCCUCGAAGGCAUUCGUCGAAGAAGAGAACUAGGUACGAGAAGACCAGGUAGAUCUCAACUCUACCGAUAUUCCAAGAUUGCUCGAGAGAGAAAUCUGACACGCGAGGAGAGACGGGAGUUCAAACGGGCGAGACGACACCACCAUCUAUCACCGAUUCGAAAUGAUGUCUUUGCCCUAGUACCCGAAGGCGGCCCUAUACAACCACUCAAAGUACCCGUCAAGACAAGAGAGCUGCAAAGGAUGGCUGCAUUUCAUAAGAAGCAGGGAGAGGGAUAUCGGAUGUCUAUCGCCGCCAUCAAGAGGGAUAUGGAACGCCAAACGAAGGAUACAGAUAAGCCUGAAAAGGCCGUGGAAAAUAUUGCCUCCCGUCUUGAAGAUUUGGAGGCACAGGCUGCGAAGCACAAGGCAGCAUACGAUGAUGCCAUGUUCAAAAUUAGGGGAUACCGUGCACUACCGCACAUGAAGUACAAGAGUCACCGGCAAGUGUUUGGGUAUCCAGCCACCCCCAAGGCCCCAACCAAGUCCCCUUUCGAACCUAAGUCAAAGAAGCGCAAAGGCAAAUCUAGGGGGUCAGAGAAGGACAACAAGGAGAGCUUCAAAGAUCAACUUGCUGCGGCUGAGAAGCAAAGGGCACUGGAGAUAAAACAGGCCAAGAUGAGGGAAAGCAGCGAUCCCUUUGAAGCAAAGGUGGCUGCUGACAGGAAAACGUAG